UAAGUUUGGUCCGCUGAUUCAUCACCAAUCAAUCCCCAUCCGGAUCCACGAUUUGACGCCAUUCAUUCCAGUAUUUCAUCCCCUCACUAUUUAUAUCUGUUUAUCCACCGAGAUUCGUGGUCUGUCCGACGGUCGAUCCUUCAUCCCUCCACAGUCCAUCCUGCACCGAGCACCACCACUCGGUGUUCUAUAUUGGGUCCUCUGAAAGACCGGUCCAGAUUCUGGCCAGUUCCACUUCCUCCUCUAGUACACUCCGUCUCUCCCCCCGAUAACCCCGCCUACUUUUAUUCUAUACUCAAUUCUUCUUAUACUUCCCUCCUCUUAUACCUCUGACAUCCCCACCAUUCCUCAACCCAAACCAUAAACCAUAAACUAUCCCACAAAAAAAGAACAAGAAUAAUCAUAAUCAUAAUGUCUACCCCAAUCCCCACCGCAGAACUCCAAUCCUCCCUCCGCCAACUCUCCAUCGGCCGCAGCUCCCCAGCAGCAAAGGACAUUCCCCGCCCAACAGUCCAAACCACCUCCCUCGUCAAAGAAACCGCCAAAAAGAACCACACCAAGUUGAAAAACAACAACAACAACAACCACCACCACCAGCAAAACCACAUCGCCGACUCCUGGGAAGACGAACUCGACUCCUCCACCCCCUCCUCAGACGUCGAAGCUGACCCUUCCUCCGCCGCUCCCUCCGACAUCCUCUCCCCUUCGCUAAGCGUCAGCGCUGAAGGACCGCUCGAUCCCCCGCCGACGCCUAUCUCCCCGCAAAUCUCUAACUCCACUACCGCUCCUUCGGCGUCGUGGUCUGCGACCUCGCCACCCCGCUCGGGCUCGGAUUCCCCGGUUUCGUCCGCGUCUAGGACACCUACGCCUACUUCUGCUGCUCCUCCUCAUACUAGUACUGGAGAAAGGGGAGGGAGAGAAGGAGGAAAUACCACCGCGCGCAGACCAGAGAAGCAAACAGCCGUAGCGGGCCGCUUAAUCGCAGGAGCAUUGGGCAUCCGGGCCCCCAAGCGAACGGAGGAACAGCGGGCUUACGACCGCUCCGUCAAAGAGCAGGAGAUUAGACGGCGGAAUCGGGAGAAGGAGGCGGCUGAGAAGGUGCGGGAGGAGGAGGAGAGGGCGAAGGCUGCUGUUUGGGAUGCUUGAUUUGUCUUCUUUCUUCUUUCUUCUAUCUUCUAUCUUCUAUCUUUUUUAUUUUUGAUUGAUGGGAUGCUUUGAGUGAUUUUGUUUGGUUUUGCUUGUUAGGGAGGCUCUGUCUGAUUUGGGUUCUGUAUUGUGUGUGUGCAUCUCUUUGUAUAUGAACUAGUAUUGUUGUCUUCUUGUUUGCAUUUCUCCGUUCGUCAUUUUGUUUACAUUUUUGUCUUUUGUCUUUAUAGCAUAAGUCAGGUCUGUACAAUAAUUCUACUCGUAUUAUAUCGGUUACCUAGAUGAUGUGAUAUAUGGUUGGUCGCUUAUUAUGAACAUGAAAAGCAAUGCUCA